CGCAGAAGAAGAAUCCGGUCUCGCCCAGAUGCUUGAAGACUGUGGCGGGAAAUCCGAGCUGGUCUUCGAUCUGCCGGUUACUGCUGCGUUUCUCACGUUCUAUGGACCAGGUGUGUGUUUGACUGAAGGUCAGGGUUUGAGGAGCUGCUGCUGACGCGAUGCAGCAGUCGGUCUCGGACAGAGCUCACUUAUCGGAGCCGCCGCUGGUUUUCUUUGACCUGGAGACAACCGGACUGGGUCAGAGCUGUGAGAUCAUCCAGCUGGCUGCAGUGAGUGGAGGCCAUUCCCUCAACCUCUACGUCAUCCCCCGAUGUCGAAUGGAGCAGGGAGCAGCCAAAGUGACAGGUUUCAGGGUACGCAGACAAAAACUGUAUCUCCAUCGUCAGCUUGUCCUCACCAACUCCCUGCGCGAGGUCCUGGUGUCCUUCAUAGCCUUCCUUCAAAUGCUCGGACGUCCUCUUGUCAUCGGGCACAACAGUCGGCGUUUUGACUGUCCUCUGCUGGUUCGAGCACUUCAUGAACUGAACCUCAGAGCAGAGUUUGAGUCGUCCAUCUCUGGCUGUGUUGACACCCUACCGUUGUCCCGGGAGAUGCUGAAGGACCGUUGUCUUCAGAGUUUUCGACAGGAGAACCUGGUGAGGGAGCUAGUGGGUGUGAACUACAAGGCCCAUGAUGCUUUGGAAGAUGUUCGGGCUUUACAAGCACUUUAUCGCGUCCUCCAACCCUCUCCAGAGUUGGUCUGUAGGCAUACUUUUAGCUUGGACACCAUGGAUAGCAAGCCAGCUGUGGCUUCUGGAAAAAAGGACAAAGUGCCCUGUAAAGCACAAGGACAGCGCCCCCUGUGGGAGCACCUCAGUCCGAUGGUCAAUAUCACCGAAGGCAAAGCAAAGGACAAAGAAUUACACAUUUAAUGUCAAUAAAUUAUUAAACUUGGUUGGAAUAUUUGUACAUAUUUUCUUAAAACCAAACAGGGCAACACAGUGGACUCUUGCAUCUUUGCCUCUUUAUUCCACAUACAGGAAGUUUGUGAACUUCCUCCUGACUCUUAAAAAAUGUGCUUUCAUUGGCACAGAAUCAUAGGCUCGUGGAUCAGAUUGGACAUUGUUGACCAUACACUCGUCACUGGAGAAACUGUUGGUUUAUUUGUAAUUUUGCUUGUUUCAAGAAGUAGUUUUAUUGGAGACUAAGAAAGUUGCUAAUAAAUGAAUUGUAUAUAA